GAGUGUAAUAAACAAGGAAGUUAGAGCAUGAGAUGAGAUGAAUUUAGUGGGGAGAGAUAAAAUUGAGUCAUUUGUUUCCAUUUUCGUUACUCUUCUUCCUCACGAGCUCUCCCCUUUGCUUUACUCUACCUCCACUUUCUUCUUUAUAUUGAGUGCAUACUUUGUGGUACUUCCAUUACGUGAUGAAGGGGCUAUUUCUUUGGGAUUGGGGAAUUUGCCAAGCUUGUUUGUGGGAUCCUUGUUACUCACACUCCUUGCUGCCCCUCUUUCCACCUUAAUCUUUUCAUUGCCUAAUCUUUCCAAGUCCAAGGCUUUGGUCUUGAUACACAGGUUUUUUGGGCUCACGCUUGUUGCAUUCUACAUCCUGUGGCUUUCUUCUACUCCGGGUAGUUCACCAUUUAAUAUCAAGGGACUACUCCUUAUGUCCUCAACUUUAAAACAGGAAUUAAAAGUGGAAGUGAGUCACACGAAUACUCCAAACUUGUCGAGUUGGAGCAACCAUGGGUGGUUUUACGUGUCAGUGAGAAUUGCCUUGUUUCUUUGGGUUGCUUUGCUUAAUCUUAUUACUAUAUCUUCAACUUGGGCUAGAGUUAUUGAUGUGAUGGAUAGUGAGUCAGGGUCAAGAUUAUUUGGGUUUAUUGGUGCUGGUGCUACACUUGGCCAGCUGUUUGGUUCGCUAUUUGCCACAGGAAUGGCUUGGUUAGGACCGUAUUUACUUCUUGUUUCAGCAAUUCUCAUGGAACUUGCUGCACAGUCAUCAAAAGGAAUCAAGAAAGAUGUCUUACAACUUCCUGAAGAACUAUCUCCCCUUAGGGAAGCUGAUAUCGAUCAAGCUAAAGAGGUUGAGAAUGUACCAGAGCUCACACAGAGAAUAACUUCCCCAAAAUCGCCAGCUUCUGUGGCAAAGCCUCAGCUCUGGGCUAUAUUGGAUGGGCUAAAGCUCAUUCUAUCUUCGACUUACUUGUUGCACGUAUCAUUAUUCCUUUGGCUGAGUGCAGUCGUGUCGUCCUUUUUUUACUUCCAGAAAGUAACUGUUAUUGCUGCUGCAGUAACAGAUCCCACUGGUAGGAGGAGAUUAUUUGCACAGAUCAAUAGCUUUAUUGCAGUUUUCAUCCUUGCUGGACAGCUUACUUUGACGGGUCGCAUCCUUACUUUUGCUGGUGUUACUCUAGCCAUUUGCGCCACACCUUUUGUUGCCUUCACAAAUUUAAUAGCUUUAGCAGUAUGGCCUACAUGGAUUGCAGUGGCCAUCUCAGAAACCCUGAGGAAGGUGGUCACAUAUGUCGUUACCAGGCCUGCAAGGGAGCUUCUUUUCACUGUUGUCUCACGGGAAGAGAAGUAUAAAGCAAAGGUAUGCAUAGAUGUGAUUGUUCAAAGACUUGGGGAUGCUACAGCAGCUGCAAUGUACAAGCUACUCUUUAGCACUCUCAAUGGCAAGGCGUCAGCUGUUUCUCUAUAUGCCCUGCCUGUCUGCUUCACGUGGAUACUGACAGCAUUCUAUCUAGGACACAGAUACAGGCAACUUUCAACGGCUCAGCCCUCUCAACCUGCUGAAACAUGUAGAUGAUGAUUUUAUGUGCUUCAUACGGAACAUAAUGCCAAACAUGAAGAGUUUUUGUAUCUUUCAAAACAUUGAUGCUUCAAUAUAUGCGGGUCAAGGACAAUGUCUCAAGUUCGGGCAGUUAAUGUUGCUUGUUCCGGGGCACGGAUACAAUUCUAUUGGUUGAGGAUCGACAUAAAAGCUUGACGCAGGUUUUCUAUUUGGAGAAGUGAAUCAGGAAAUCGACUAUAUUUCCUCAAAUGUCACAAUUUUAUAUACAUUUUUGGGUGACUUUGAUGUCUUUGCGGUUGUUAGUUUCUUAUUGGUCCAUCAGAUAUCCGUCUCUACGAAAGGACAUUGUCCUGCAAGACGUCUAUUUUAACUUUCAAUGGCCACAUGUUGGAUGUGAUCAUUACAGUAUGCUAUAUUACUCCCUCCGUCCCAAUUUGUGUG